UAGAACCUGAAAGCGAAAAAAAUCACAUUAGCAGUGUUUCUCUAAAUGAUUCUCUAAAUGACUCAAAAACAAUUUCAUCUAAUCAACUUUAUAUUGAUCCGAGAGGCUCUAUUAUUAAUCUCAACGGUAAAAAUCGUCAAUGUCAUCAUAGGAUCAAAAAUAAUAAUUAUAAUUUAUCAAAUGGAAGAGAUUCAGAUUAUCACUCCCAAGAUACAUAUCAAAAGCGUUUUAAUAAUAAACUAGAUGACACUUCAAAGUUUCAUCAUGAAAAUGGAUUUGGUGAAAAUUCUGGUACUGAAAAUCGUAAAUCCGAUCUCUGUCCACCAAUUCAGGAUCAUGCAACAACUUCUUUUUCACAUGAGAAUCCAUUAAAAAAUAAUGAUCGACUUUCCGAAUAUGUUUCACAAUUAGAGGCAAAUAACAAAGAUCUCCUGGAUAAAGUCACAAAGCUUGAGACUGAAAAUAAAAACUUUUCUGAAAGAUCCGUUUUGCUUACUGAAAAAGCUGAACGACUUGAAGCAAAAGUUGCAAGCAUGCAGUCUGAAAUGAAUCAUUUAGUCUUUCGUCUUGAACGUUAUCGUUCAGAACGUGGAUCUGAACUUGAAAAGAGGCAAUCUUGUCAAAAGAAAGUUAUUGAACUCCAAGGUCUUAUUUCUGAUGUAUCAAAGGAGCGCGAUAAUCUUAAAUCAUUGUGGGAGAAAGAACGUGAAGAACGUGUUUCUGCAACUCACAAGUGUAAGGUGUGUUUCUCGGAACCGAUCACGCACGCUAUUUUUCCGUGUUAUCAUAUGGCUUUAUGUGGCACUUGUGUAGAGGCUGUUGAUAAGUGUGUCAUUUGUCGUCAAAAUAAAGAAUCGGCU